AUGAACCGUGUGAGGGCGGUUCGCUCGUUCGCCAUAGUUGAAGUAAGUCAGGGUAGACGGGAGGCUGUGGUUCCUCGCCUAGGAUGGUGGAAGAAACGCGUGCAAGCUGAUGAAAAACGGAUCCAGGAUUUUGCUUCAGAUAAGAUACCUCCUGUAACUCGAUCAGAGGACCUCAACAGUCCUGGGCUUGCCAUUCAUGAAUUCCUCCGUAUCCUUCUUUACCACGAGGACAGCACGAAUUACACGUUUAAUGCGACCACAGCUCGUUACCAAACCACGUCGUCUCUGUACAUUGGAAUUAAACCCCCGGAUGCAGGGGAAGGGUUGAUCAAAGAGUCACUGUCUGAAUUCGACUGGAUGACGCUGAAAGUACAGACUCCUGCGCCUCCGACGGAAGUAUUCCACCUCGAUCUGUAUGCCAUUCUGGGUUGCCAGGAAACGCCAUGGGCAAUUCGUCAGAUAUCCAUGCAUGUGAUAUUGCCGAUAUCGCAUGGAUGGAUAUCUUAUGAGGAGCGCGUGGAUUCCUGGAUGCCCUUCAAUGGAUAUACGAACCCUGGUAACAUCCGAAUCCAGAUCGAGAGAUUGAACGUGGGAGUGGAGAUAAGAGAGACAUACGCGAUGAAGAACGAUGAAGAAACGUCAGGACAGAAGAUGGAAGGCCCGGCCAUGAUGGACUACCACGGCUGUAAGACCAGGCCGGGACGGACACUGAACGAACCUACGAAGCCUUGGAAGAAACGCUGCCGUGUUCCCUACUGGCUAUUGUUGUUGUAUUCCCACUGGAUUGCCAUCACCAGGCCCGCUGUGACAAUGCAAUUCUUGGACAAAGGAAAUCAAAUAGGAAUAGCACGAAUGGCGAUCAUAUUGUGGCGGGAACGAGAUGUGAAGGAUAUUGUGCCUGAGAAAAUUACACAGUUGUCGUCAGGUCAGCAGCAUUUGAUUCUGCUGGAUGAGAAGGGGAAAUGGAAGGAGGACCUCAGCGAGAAGAGAAUUGCUGACGCCUCACGGUGGACUGGCAUACGUUCGAUCUACCUACGCGAAGAUGUAGUUAACAAAUCCCGUGAAAGAGAAGGGUUGGCAUUCACGAUUUCCGUUCUACUAUUGUCUCUCGGAAUCCCCAAGCUUAAGGACACGAAGCAGGCCUAA